GAAGUCGUAUGUGUUGUGUGUUGCGUCAAGAUCAAAAUAAUAAUAAAACAUUCCCGCAAAAAUGUUGUGCAUAUCAUUUAUCAAUUGCAACAGUGAAAUUGUAAACAAACAAGUGACAACAAAGUGUUUUUGUAAGUCGAAUAUACCGUAAAUGAAUCGCAUUAAUUAUUUUGCAAAGCAAAAAAAAAUUGUGUGACCCCACAUUCGUGUGUGAAAUUUAAAGAGACUCCAUCAACUUAGCAACUAGUUUCGUUCUAGUGAUUUCGAUAAGUGUGUGUGAAACAUAUUUUUUCAGAUUCACAACUUUAACCACCAAAUGAAAAUAUUUGUUGCGGCAUACCAACAUUUUAUUGUCGUUGCAAAUCGAUUGUUUUAAAAAAUUCGAUUCAUAAAACGAUUGAAAAAAAAACGAAAGAGAAUUUUUUUUUGAGUUUAUCUAACAAGCAUUGAAUUUUGCGUGCGAUUGUACGCAACCUGGUGAUAAUAUGAAAUACGUACUCUCGUUCAUCGAGUUCAUUUUUUACAUAAAACGCUUGCCCAUUAAGUUUAGUUUAAUACAAGAAACGCGCAAAGCAAAAUACAAAUAAAGACGAACAAAAAGAAAAUUUGGAAUAAAUUUAAAAACAAAAAAAAAAGAACGAAAAAAAAAGAAAUCUAACCUGAGAAUAAUCGCUACCAAAGAAGGGGCAAAGAAAACAUUUUAAUACGUAAACUAACAUAGAUGCUGUCGCUUCGUAAUGGAGGGGUAUUGUGAGCCAUUCACAAAGCGGCACACAUUCAUUGAGUUAAUUUUUUAUUGUGACAGAUGAAAACGUAAAGAGAGUCAUUGACAAACCGAGAGUCACUUCGACCAACAGCAUUUUGUUUGUCUCAGUUUACUUCAUUUAUUGCCAUUCAAAAUCUAGUUUCUAACGCAUUUUUCCUUUUAUUUGUCCAUAAGAGAAUUACCAUUAAGUUAAUUAUAAACUACUAAACAAACAAACUUUCUUUAUGUGAUUUAGAAAUGAAGUAUAACGUAAUAAAUUAUUGGAACAAUGCACGACAUACACUUAUUUUUGAAAAAAUUAACGGAUUAUUUGGAUGCAACUACGGCAUCGGCCGAUGAAAUUCGGCAAAAAUUCACCAAUCAACUGCCACAACAUUUCGAUUUCAAUCAACUUAUCAACAAUUUGACGGAAAUAUGCACCGAAUGUCGAUCGACACGAGAAUCAAAUAUUUUUGAUAACACCCAUGACAGUUGGGAGUAUUUUUCGAAAAUUAUCUCCAUUGAGCAUCUGAUCGCGUUUUUCACGGGACUCAUUGAGCUCACGUCAAACGAUGAACAUGGAUUUAAACAUAAAAAACUCGGCAUUUGUGUGUGCCGAACAUAUGUGCUAUUACUUACAUCGCCUGGUGCGAAAAUUUUCGGUGCAUUUCAACCGGAUUUAUUGCGCAAAGUGUUCAAGUAUUUUGAAAUUCUAAAACAAUUGAGCAAUUACAAUGACAACGAACGAGUUCAAGUACAAAUGAUGAUCAUUAUGUUGCUGGAAGAAUUUCAAUUGUAUUUGAAACAUGUAUCGUUCGAUGAGUAUGAAGAUUUACAAGUGAAAUUUGUAGAAACAAUCGGUUCGAUUAUGGAAUUUAAUCAUGAAAAAGGAUUUUUAAAUAAAUAUUCAUUUCAAAUCCAAGAAUUGUGCUACACAACGCUUGAGAACACAUGCUUACCAAUUCACAAUACCGACAUCACAUCCAGUUUGGCGAUUGUGCUGAAUGGAACGGCUUGUUUAACACGAUUCAAUCGACCGUGUUCGGGAUCAAGUUUAAAACCAAAAUACGCACUCAUCACCGAUUGGUUCAUCGAUAUGCUCAAACAUUAUCCACGUCAAACCAGCGACACAUUGAAUUGUUACAUUCAAGCCAUUCUUACCGACUCCGAUAUCACGACGAACAAAGAUCUAUUGAGCCGAUAUCUGGAUAUAUGUGCACAAUAUGAUGCGGCCAUGGUUCGCAUUUGUGGACAAUCAAUAUGCGCAUUUUUACAAAAAUUAUCCAUGAGCAAAGAGUCAUCUCACCGAACAAAUUGUGUCGAAUUGAUUUCGAGAAUGUUAGUGAUGAAUACCAGCUGUGAUUGGGAACUGUUUCGCUCGGAACUGCCGAGAGAAAUUGGUAAAAUACCAAGGGAAAUUAAUCUACUUCGAAUUUUACUGCAGAAAAUCUACGAUUCAAAUAAUGUGGUGGCAAUGAAAGCGGUCAAUGCAUUUUUGAAAGUCAUUGCCGACGGAAAUAUACGGUGCAAGGAAAUUGUUCGGAAAUGUUUUUUCGAACCACAAAAUGAAAGCGAGAUAAACGCAACCAGUGAAUUGGACAAUAUAAAUGAAAGUUCUGAUUUGAUUGCAACACAAAAUGAUAAUCAAAAUGAUGAGGGUGAAAGAGAAAACGGAACAGAGAGAGAUGGACCAGACAAUGAGAAUGCUGAAGAUAAAGAUAGCGGUGACGAUAAAGAUCAGGGUAAUCGAACAGACGAUGAUAGCGCAUCAGAUAGUGGCGUUAGUCGAAAAUCAGAAGCAAUUGAUUACACCAAAUCGACCGAAUUCAAAGCGCUCAUCAAUGAAAUCAAACAUAAUCUAAUAUCGGCGACACGAAUACAAUUGAAGAAUUUGUCGGCAUUGGUUCGUCGGGUGGCUGUUUUAUUGCUUGAUUUUUUGGGCACAACCACAUUGGACAUCGAUGAAUUGCUCACGUCUUAUGAAUUGCGUCAAUUAUUCAUCGAUCAAUCGCAAUUGGUUCGCCGUCAAAUGGUGCUAUCAUUGGAUAAGAUAUUGAACUCCCGGCCGUCAAAUGAGGCUGCAAUAAAUGCAUACAUUAAAAUUAUUCUGGAUCUGGCCAGCGACACCGAUCCAAAAGUAAUGGAGACUGUUAUCGAGAGUUUCAAGCGAAAUGUAUUCGAUAAAAUUGAAUUUUACGAAAAAUCACCGUCACUUACCCAUGUGUUUCCAUGGCGUCUAUUGAAGAGCAUGUUAAAUUGCAAAGAUUCGCCGGACUUUCGGAUAUCCGUUCAAAAAUGGAUGAACCGAAACUUGCUCAAUGCAAGAACGCUGUCAAAAAUUGAAACACAUUUGGACACAAACAAUGCAACCGAAGCUUGGAUUUUAUUGGCCAUCGUAGCGCCAAACAUAAAAGGUCACAAUCCAGAAAGGGUCUCGAAAUUGUUACUAUCAAAUUUGAAAUAUGAUAUGACAAACACCGUCGAAAAUUGUUACAUCCAAUUGGAGGUGCUGUCGUUUUGGCUACAGUAUUUGAACAAUCCAUCAAAGAACGAGAUAAAGCGUAUCAUGACUGAAACACUCGAAACUGGAAGCUUGCGGCCCAGAAAUAUCAAUCGUACAUUUGGCAUUUGCUAUAAAUUGAGCGCCGAAUCGGGUGAUCGAGAUCGGAAGCAUUUCAUUGCAAAGCUUCGAAAUCAAUGCGAAUCAUACAUUUCUGCCAAUCAAAAUUCAAUGUUUGUACAGAAUUUAUGUGAUGACCGUUUCAUUAGCUAUGUGUAUUUAUAUUCGGAAAUUGCCGGUGCAUUGCAGUCAACGCUACAUCCGGAUAUCAUCAAUUUUUUCUUUUCGUUUUUGCACGUUGUGGGCAGCAAAACAUCACUCACAGUUCAAAAUGAUUCGAUGCUGUCGGAUAAGGUGAAUUGUAUAUUGAGCGUAUUGACGGGUCUUUCAUCGUUUAGCCAAGAAAUAUGUGCCCGAUUUGUGCCGCAUCUUGGUAAAAUUCUCCGAUCAAUCGAUCACAGUGAAGUUUCAUUCACAGCAAUCAAGUGCUUGGGAUAUUUGUGCAAAAAAAAUACAUCGGUUGUCGAAACAAUAGUGCCAUACAUUCUGAUGAAAACGCAACAUCAUUACAGCAACAUUCGGGAGUUUGCAAUGAAAACAUUGGCCGCACUUAUUUUGGAAGAUUAUUUAAAAUUUCGUGGCACAUUACUCAUAUACAUUUUGGCCGGAUUAUUGGAUGCGCAGCGGGAAAUCAAAGAAUUGGCUGUGGAAUUAAUCAUGAAAUACACAUUGGAAAAAAGUGAGAUAUUCUUGCGCACCUGUUUGGUUGAGUGUCCGUUUGUGUUCAAUGCUUGCCCAUGCUUUGGCCAAGGCAAUUCGGCACUAAACCGAUCAAGUAUUCUCAAAGGUCAUGCAAAGACGGCCGCCCGUGAAUACAUCUAUCAAUAUUUGAUACGAAAAAUUGAACCGGUCUAUCUGUACAUGUACUUUGGCAAUAUGGCCCGAUUACAUGAAUUCAUCCAAAAAGAACCGUCAAUCGCUAAAUCAAGCGACUUCCAAAAUGCCAUUCAUGAUUUUUUAUUUAUUUGCUCGGAAAUUUGUAUUGUAAAUGAAAAGCAAAAGAAAAAUCUGGAGAAAAUUAUUAAAGAAAGUCACGAUGGUGAAGGUAUUGCAAUGAAUGACGACGACGAUGCCGCGAUGAACGAACCGAAUCCGGAAAAAGCGGUCGAGACUGAGAAGAGGGGUCGAGGUGGAAAAAAGAAUCAACCAACAUUGAAACAGUCAUUGGUUGCGGUUGAAAAAAUUGUGCCUUUAAUAUCAAGCAUCGACAAAAGUUUACGGUCGAUGAAUCAAACAAUGUUUUCACCAGUAUUGGAUAAAUUCUGUACAAAUAUGUGUAUACACUUUGAAUCACUAUUGGAAUAUGCACAGCCACGUGAUUUUUGGGCGCCAUUCUUGAAAAAGGCGAAGAAACCAACGGCAACAGCAACAACACCGAGACAAUCAAAGAGAUCAGCGGCCAAAGUUGUCGAAGUAAUGCAACCUCCGUCCACACCUUCGCGAUCUGCAACACCGAAACCGAAUAAAAGCAAAGAAAAUGAUAGCGGCCGCUUCACACUUGACGAUGAUGAUGACAGCAGUACGUCGAAGCGAAAUACACCGGGCCCAUCGAAGCGGUCAUCGUCAAGAGCAUCAAAUCGAACCAUUUCACAAGCAUCCGAAACAAGCAUUUCAAAACCAUCGAAAAGGGGCAAAAAACGAUUGCAAACAGUUAGCAGCCAAGAUGAAUCUGAUAAUGAAUCGAUCUUUUCUGAAUUGAGUGACAUGACCACAGCAUCACAAAAACGAAAAAAUACUCAAGACAAACCAGGUCCAAGCACAAAAAAAGCUAAAAAAGCACCGCCAACACCAAAGACACCGGCAUCGAGAAAAUCAUCAAGACGAUAGAAAAUCACAUACUCUUCACAUUUGAUUGAAUAUUAUUUAACAUAACACAUGUCAUUUCAAACACGAAACACGAUUUAUAUCGAUUAUAUCGACUCCACGAGAUAUUCACCAGACAGUUCAAAAUAAAAACUUAACUAAAGUAACACACAUGACAGUAUUCAAUAUCCCAGACUCAAAUAUUGUUCUAGUUUAUUUUUUAAUGACAAAUUCAUUUGGAUUUUUCUUUUCUUUGUCACUUGUAAAUAAUGCUCCAUUUAAGUACAUUAAUCAAUUUUCAUCCGAAAGGAAAGGAAAUCUAUAUCAAAAAAGAUUUGUUUAUAAGUUUAAUUAUAAACAUUUAAAAAUUAAACAAAUACUUGUACAAAAUCAUUGAAAUGCUUUUUUGUGUUUCACACCAGUGAAAAGUUGAACAAAAACAAAAUUAAUGU